GGGAUAACAGUGAACAUUGCGUCGAAAUGCGGCGAGAGUAUAAAUGUCUAAUGAAUGAUAAUAAUUGCCAAUACAUUUCAAACUUUAUCUGUGAAUUAGGUCCCGUCCUUUGACAAAACAAUAUACUACAUUCAAUUUAAUACUGUAUCAAAUAACUUCUGUAUAAACUGAUUUUUAUAAAAUUACAAAAACAGGUAAAUCAUAUUAAAAAAGGAGUAUUUCUAGAAGUUGCUUUAUGUUUUUUCUGAAUAAUCAAGCGCCAGUUUCAAGUCAAAUUUGAGAUAGACAAAUUUAGCUUCGUUUCUUGAUAACAGCAUAUAUAAUAAUAAUGAUACAUUUGGGAAUUUUUAGUGUGUGAAAGCCAUUGCGACUGUCAACAUUGAGUAAUUCGCAAUGAGAAUCUAUUUUAUUGCGAUAAUCGCAGUCCUCACAGCAGACGCGAGCAGCGAGGCAAGUGAUAACCGUGAACUUUGCAAAUAUAUAGUAGAAACUGAUUAUUCCCUCCAACAGAGUUGUGAAGAGUUGAGGCAGCUCGAAUCUACCUGUGGCAGAUAUUGCUUUAAAGUCGUCAAGCCCAUAUUGGAGCACACAAGGGCUUUACAGAAGCAAGUGGACCUUAAUGAAACUAGACAGAAAUCGGAAUCCAUAAAUAAACUCGAGAACAUUGAACGUCUGCUGCAUGAGAAGUUUGAUAGACUGGAAAAACAAACAAAACAAAACUUGGAAGACGCAAACAAUGCAAGAAAAUGCGACGAUAUGGGACUUUUUGACAAAAUAGGAGACAAAUAUUAUUAUAUUGAUACUGUGACAAGGCUAAACUGGUUCGAGGCAGCGCAUAGGUGUCACGAAUUAGGCGGACAUCUGGCUAAUCUGCAGACUCGGGCAGAGUUUGAUGCUGUGGAAAUGCAUUUGAUUAGUACAUCGUAUUGGCUGGACAUUAACGAUCUUGGCGAAGAGGGUGAGUUCUAUUCGUUAGCAACGGGUCGCAAAGCGACGUUCUUCAAGUGGUAUCCCGGAGAACCUAAUAAUGUCGGUGACAACGAGGACUGCGUCCAAAUACGGAAGGUGGAUGAAGUUUACGCACUGAAUGAUGUCGAUUGUAACAUCAAAUUUAACUACAUCUGUGAAAAACAGCGAUAAAAUACAUACAAAUAAAGAA